UUAAAAGAAACAUAAGUGGGGAAAAGUGAUAAAUAAACAUUUUUAAUUGGAAAGAAAUUAAACUUAACAACAAUCAUGGAUUUCGAUCAGAUAUUGGAAGAAAUCGGAGAGUUCGGUCGAUAUCAAAAGACCAAUUAUUUACUUAUUUGUUUGCCGGUAAUGUUUGCGGCAGCGAAUAGCUUGUCGUAUGUGUUCACCGCCGGCGUGCCGUCCUACAGAUGCUUGAUUCCACAGUGCGAUGAUCCAAUCGCACCACAAUUGCACGCACCUUGGCUAGCCAAUGCCACGCCUGGCAGUUACGACAAAAAAGGACGCUUUACGCCGGAGAAUUGUUAUCGGUACCGAGCAAAUGAUACCCUAGCAUUUUUCGCCAAUAUAAGUCAGGUAAACGAAUGCCCGAAGAAUGCUUUCGAUCAUAACUGCCGUGAACGCUGCAACGUGUGGGUGUAUGAUGAUCAGGAGCGGACCAUUGUGCAAGAAUGGCAGUUGACCUGCAAGGAAAACGCCUGGAAGCUGGCCUUUGUGGGUACUAUGCAUUUUGCCGGUCUCGUUGUUGGCACAGCAGUCUCCGGAUACCUGGCUGAUCGUUUCGGCCGUAAAAAUAUAUUUAUAUUUUGUAGUGUUUUCAUGGCUAUCACCGGUAUUGCCCAAGGCCUAGCCUGGGACUACAAUAGUUUCCUGGUUUUUGCCUUUCUCAAUGCAAUAGGCACAUCUGGCGUAUAUCCAUUGGCUUUCAUUAUCGGCGUAGAAAUGGUUGGGCCUAGCAUGCGCGAAAUGUCUUCGAUCGUGCUCAACUACUUUUAUGCCGUUGGAGAAGCCUUGGUGGGUGCUACUGCAUGGUUCCUGCAAGAUUGGCAGCUACUACAAUAUGCACUUUCCGUACCGCCGCUCUUCUUCAUCCUCUAUUACUGGAUCGUUCCGGAGUCGGUGCGUUGGCUAAUCGCACGAAAUGAACGCGAAAAAGCAGGGGUAAUUAUAAAACGCGCAGCUGCUGUAAAUAAGCGGGAGCUCUCCUUGGCGUUGUUGGCUAGCUUCAAGAUGGAAAAUUGUGUACCGCCACCAACACCUGUGAAAACGGCACAGGCGAAUGCCAUAGAUAAAUGUUUAGAUCUGGAGAAAUUAAAGGAAAAUGGUGAGGUGGGUAAAAAUGAAAUCUGGCAAGCGGUACGCGAAAUAUUCAAGGCCAAAACUCUGUUGCUGCGCUACAUAAUAAUGCUUUACAUUUGGGCUAUAAACGCGGUGGUCUUCUAUGGGCUCUCAUUGAAUUCAACGAAUCUAAGCGGCAAUAAGUACUUGAAUUUCGUUUUAGUUUGCCUCAUCGAAAUUCCCGGAUACACGCUAGCUUGGAUAUCACUGCGAAGGUUAGGUCGGCGCAUCGCUCUGUCAGGUUCGCUGUUUCUCUGUGCCAUCACCUGCGUAGCUGGCGGUUAUAUAACGAAAGUGCAAACUAACUUGGAGACACGUUCCACCUGGGCCAUUGUGACACUUUUUCUCAUUGGAAAAUUGGGAAUCACGUCAUCGUUUGCUGUGAUUUACACGUAUACAGCGGAAAUGAUGCCCACGCUAAUACGGAGUGGUGGGGUUGGAGUGAUGUCGACGUUUGCACGUUUUGGCGCAAUGCUCGCACCGUUUGUGCCGCUUUUGGGUGCGUAUUAUGAGGCCUUACCUUUAUUAUUAUUCGGUGCAGCAUCCUUAUCAGCGGGCAUUUUAGGACUGCUGUUGCCAGAAACAUUCCGCAAAAAGUUACCUGAUUCGGUGGCGGAAGCAAAACAACUGGGCGAAGAUAAACAUGAUAAGAAACCAUCGAGUACAAUUGUGUUGGACGAGCGACCAGGCGCUGGCGCUGGCGAAGAUGGAGACAGCGCGAAUAGUAGCGAUGAAGUACAACAGAAUACCAACGCGCGGCAAACUGAGCCAUAACUGCGACUAAUAAUAAGUUUUGCAAACUUUGUGUUAGAGUAUUAUAAGUUCUUUAAGAUAUAUAAAAAAAACUUACGCUAUACAGAUUUGUAUGGAGCACCACCAGUGUGUCUGCUUGUUCAUGCAUUAUUGCCAAUUAUUGUUUUUUACGCGCUUUUGAUAUUUAGUAAUUGUUAAGCUUAGUGUUGAUAGUAUUUAAAAAGAAGCAACUACAUAUUUUACAUAUGAAAAUUAAAAAAAAAUAAUUGGCUAUUAAAAAUUGUUAUAUUGCACUUGUGAUGAGUGUCUGUAAUUAUUUAAAACUUUAAUUAGUUCAAGAGAAAAUUUGAAUGUCGCUUAAAGCUCGAUGGAUGAUUCAAUGUUGCCGUUGCGAUUCUAUUUUCUUGAAAAUAAAACAACCAAAUAAUA